GUUAUCGAUGUUGUUUUAUUAAUUAAAAACAAUUCAUUAAAAAAGUACGCCCACGCCCAAUAACAGAAAGCUACAACGGUUUUAACUGCUGUUGAAUAUCUGGAACCCGCUUAGCCACAAGUGCUUAUUCCCGCUAAGAACCAUGGUCGUGCUGAGCUCCUGCUGGUCUCCGAUUAUCUGGUCCGACAAUGUCCGGACGGGCAGCUACGCCGUGGCCGGCUACACGGCUGCGCUCUCCGUGGUUAUGAUUACACUGAUCGGCUACAUGCUGGCGGGCGGGGAGUCUGCGCAGCUCUACUCGCCGCUCUUCGAGACGGAUAUACGGACGUCCAUGCCCAUUGCCGGUGGCUUCUUCAUCAUUUACUUUCUAUUGAUUAUUUUAUCCUCCUACCUGGUCUACUAUGGCAUCAAGAUCAGUACUCGCGGAUGGCUGCUGCCGUGGUUGGGUCUAAUUGGACUGGCCAUUCUCUUCCAGUUUAGCUGGAGCUUAUGGCUUAUCGGAGGCUAUUACAUUUAUCUCGAACAAACCUUCUCGGCCCUGCUAAACUUUGUCUGGGUGGCCUAUAAUAUAUACUGCUGGCUGGUGGUCUUUUCACAGUACCAGAUCUUCUUGAACAUUCAGAAUCCAAACAUUGAGCUUCUGAUGCCAUGAUGAAGAGAGCCAUACCAACAUUCAUUAUAGCUCGAAUUAACUUUUAGACUACGUUUUGACACGCUACAAAGGAAGUCCGUCCAGGAGUAUUUCCACAAAAAGAAUUCCACAUCCAUUUUCUACAGAUGCCUACCAAAUAGUUUUAUAUACAUUUAUAUAUAUAUAUAUAUUUUACAAGCCUUUUUACACCAUCAACUACUGUAAUAUGUAUUGAAUCGAAUGCCUUAGUCUUCUAAACGACAAUUAAACCGUAGAUUCGUAAAACUAUAA